ACGAGUCGCUGCGCGGAGCUCCGGGAGCAGUUUGAGUCUGGCAGGCGGAGAGACAGCAACCCCAGCACCGUGCGCGGAGCCUCGGAGCACCGCGGGAGGGAAGAGCGUCCACCGCAAAGACAAAACCGAACCAGUAGAGAGAUAAUUUUGUAAAACGCGUCCUCGUAGUGGUUUUAUACGCUUUCUUUUGUGUUGUUUCUGUCUUUUUUUCUCUGUCGUCUGGAGGAGCGAGCGACCGAGAGACAGAGCUUCACUGCGGCUAAUCAAUUCGCGUUUCCAGACGUGGGAAUUAAAAUGAAAAAUGUAGGCGACACAUUUCCCCUCACCGUCCAGGAAUCACAGAAGGAGCCCGGCGAAUAGAGAAAGGAAGCAGGGGGGGAAAUGGUGCUGCAUCUAUAGGAUCCUCUCUGUGGAGCCCCUGCGUAAAAGGAAAAACAGUGUGAAAACUGGUGAACGAGUGGAUGUGAAGCUGUGAGAGGAAGACUCCAAGAAGCAGAAUAAAAGUGGAGGUUUCUCGGAGAACCUUCAGCUGCUUUCAAAGCCGAGGCUCCUCAUUAACUGUUCCUCCUGCUUUUCCACUGUAUUUAGUUUUAUUUUGGACAUACUGGGGAUCACGGUUGCUGACCUCAUCCCCUCUGCUUUUGUUGUUUUUAUUCCAAGCAAGACCAAAACCAGGUGCCAAACUGACUGUCAAGAGAAGAAGCAAAAAACUUGCACAUCUCCAAUUCAUCGUAUAAAGAGUUUAACUUUUAAUACCUGAUUUAGUAACUAACACACAGCGUUACUUUUCUCCCUCACAUUACAACACCUUACAUUAAAAUCACGUUUAAUAGUUUAUAUCCAUCGUCUCCAGUCAGUGUUUGCUGCUCUUAGUGCUAAAACUGCGUGACGUUUUUCCUACCGAGACGACGAUCAGUGCAUUAUUGGUUCAAAGUGCUUUAUAAACGCGUCCUCCAGCCGAUAGUGUGUUUGUAGGAGGCGUGUGGUGAGCAGCGAUAACUCUCUGCUGUGCUUCGACGCCGUCUGAACACUUUAACGCUUCGACAGGACGGCGUUUGACUGGCAGGUGGCACGAGCCACGUCUACCCUGAUAAAUACCGCCACCGCUGCUGCUGCUGCUGCUAUCUCUAAGGCUUCGUCUCAGCCUGCGCUCUGAAACACUGUCGACACUUUGCCUAUCUCCUUCUUCCAGUCCCUUACACGAGAGACGCCUCUCACUCUCCGUUGUCGUCUGUUUCUUCCACAUGUGGCGCUCGGUUACCCCACGCCGAACCACCUGAAAGGCCCCUUUAUCUACUCCCAGUGACCUCUUCGACCUUUUUGCAUUCUUCCUUUUAUUCUACAAAAAACAUGCAAUUUGAAACCUUUCACUGUACUUGCAUUUUUUGUGGAAGGAGAUCAGUUUUGUAAAAAAAGAAAAAGGAAAAAAAGAACAUAACCUAAAGCCAUACUGAACACCAGCCAUACUGAUAUCUUUUACAUCGACUGAACUCCUCGCAGCGUUUUCCUCAACAAACGUCGGUGCACUCACACAUUCAGGGAGUCGACGGAGAAGCUUCUAGCAUGAAACAGCCCAGAGUUUCCUACGUUUGGAUGAAAGAACAGCUUUGUAAGUUCUGACUUUUUCUACCUGCGUCUUUCUGGAUCGCGCUCCGUCCUGAAUCGAGCCCGAGUUCCCGUCGUCGCCCUGCGUUCCUCUGCGUUGACGGAUGAAUCCGGACAGUUUCAUGUCUGUUCUGUGGGCAGAACCUCGCUGCCCUGCUAGAACCGGGCUCAAGCCCUCCUUCGUUCUCUUCUGCUGGGCCAAGCUAAAUUCAGAGCAGAGACACUCGCGUAAGGGAAUCGAACGCACAUAGAUCCUCACUUUUUUAAUCCUUCUUCGCUAUCGAUCGCUCUUCAAUGAAUGCCUUGACAUCUCCUCUGCUGUCCUCUAGUAGCAGCUGGAAGGACUUUUUCUUACAGAUUUGAUGCUGCUUAACGCCGGCACUAGUCGUCACACUCACAGACUUCUAAAUCCAAACCAAAAGCUCCAGCAUAUUGACCUUUACCGAUUCGCUAAAUUCUUCGAAGGGGAGAGUUUGUUUAUCGAUGCGAAAGAAAUUAAAGUCACAGCUUGUGCCAAAUUUACACAGACUUCCUGUUAGCUUGUUCACCAAACACAGCUGAGAUCUCUGAAGCUGCCAGCGCCGUUCGUUGUUUACGAGGCUCAACGCACACGAAGCAUGAUAAUUAAUUUGAUUACUAAAGAAGACGUUUUGUUUGUUUCCAUGUAUGAUUUUAACACAUUUGGUUGUCCAACAGAAGUGCCAAACUCCAAGAAGAAUACAUCCAGCAUCCGUUAACGCUCAUCAGAUCUACAAAGUUUACAUACAGCGCUAAAUGUUUACAGACCACAGUUUCCAUUUCCAUUGAUGUGAAUCGUAACUUUAGUGCCAUAAACAGCAGAACUCUCUUCAGUAGGAGGAGGGCUCCUUAUAGUCAGAGUUUACACUUUUCUCGCUCUCAUUUUGUUUACAGAAAACCUGAAAAUACUGCCUGUUUGGAAGAUUUAGAAUUCUGGCCACUGGACUGUAAAAUGGCACUUUGUCAACAAACAGACCAAAAUUAAACAUCCAACACACGCUGCCAUUAAAACGAACCCAUACAAUUCAGUAUUUAUGAUUUCAGAUCCAUCGUCGGGCAGUUAGCGUAGGGCCUAAAAACUCUGAAAGACCUCAAUGUUUACAAAAGCUGCUGACUGGAAGGAGAAAUGUUUACAUGCAGAUGGAGGAGUGAAACGGCAAACUCAUUCGUGUAACAUCACCUGAACAACGUGAAUCUGCUGAGAAGCCCUCUGAACGUUGUCUUCAUCAGACAGAGAACUUUUCCUACUGAAGGUUUUUAUAAAUCGAAGGAGGACGGCUCACACUAGACUGGGAACUAUUUCUGAUUAUUUUUUUUAACAGCGGAUCCAGAACUUCGAUAAAACAAUGAGACCUGCACUUACAAAAGGGAUGUUUAGCUUCUCCCUUGUUCUCCUGCUUUUCUCCUGCCUGGCUGUUUCCACGGUAACCAUCUCCACGGAGCGACGCGCUGUCGACGGUGAUGUCAGGACUCUGACCGGCGGCUCCGCUGCUGCUGGGAAAGCGAGCGCCACCUUGUUCCUCCUGACCGGCUACAAGCCCCCACUGCCACCGCCCCCUGCCGGACCCAAGGUGGCGCCGAAAGCAGCCGAGGUGGAGGACGGGGACGACGCUCCGGUUAUGGCCGAGCUGCCUCCAAAGCCCCUCCCUCAAACCAUGUUGCCAAGGAACGUGACGGCAGACGCCCUGAAGCCCCCGCUGGGAGCCGCCCAGGUGGCUCCGCCCCCCAAACAGCUGGUGGACGUGGACGUGUGCAGGGGGUACUUCGACGUGAUGGGGCACUUCGACAGCACCUUCAACUGCUCCCAGGGCAGCUACAUCUACUGCUGCGGAACGUGCCACUACCGGUUCUGCUGCGAGCACCAGAGGAACCGGCUGGACCAGGACUCCUGCAACAACUACAUCUCCCCCGUCUGGGCCGACCCCCAGGUCACGGUCACGGUGCCCACUGGAAACAAGCCCGACCCGGACUUCGAGACGCUGCAGCAGCAGAACAGCAGUACGGCCUACGUAAUUGGAGGGGUGAUCUCCUUCACUCUGGUGGUGGCCGUGGGCGUCAGGAUCGCCUUCAGCAAGGUGGCACGCCGACCUCGCAACCGAGACAUCAACAUGCCCAGAUCUCUGGUGGAUAUCUUGCGUCACCAGUCCAGUCCUGUGCAGCAGGGAGAGAGGAACAACACCACGGUGUUGACCACCACCACCUCAGAUGGACGAACAUCCAAAAACGUCUACACGCCCAUCCUGCAGAUCAAAGACAACCGCACUGGGAACUUGCUCCACCAUUUUAACCAGCAGGGGUCUGCUUCCAGCCCCAAACACUCUGCUACCAUCGAGCGUGGACCUCGUAUGAACAACACCCCACAGCUCUCCUCCGGGCCCACCCUGAUUUCCAGCAGCAGCAAAGGCCCCGGAGGCGGCGGCGGCAGCAUCAUCGGAGGGGGCAUGAGGCACAACAGCAGCCACCCGUCCUUCUCCCACUCCUUCCACAACCUGGCGCAGCUGCCGCCGUCCUAUGAGGCGGCCAUGAAGCCGGAGAUCAGCCGCUACAGCUCCCUGAAGAAGCUAGAGAAAGAACUGGACGAGUAUUCGGGCUACUACUCCUCCAAGCGUCGCUCCAACAACGCCCCGCCCUCCUUCCACUCCUCGCAGCACCACCUGCCCUACGGAGGCGACUACACGCUGGGCUCCAGAGGUACGCUGCCCCUCCACGGCUCCCGGCCUCACCUCCACAUCCCGGCCUCCACCCCCAACCCGUACCCGCUGCCGGCCCAGUCGCAGUACACCAGCUCCUCCUUCGACAGGCCGCCGCGCCGCGUCCGGUCCCAGGACCAGCUGCUAGCCUUCGGGGAGGGAAACACGUUGUCCCGCCUGUCCAAGAACCAGCAACACCAGUACUACAAAGCCAUGAUGAACACCAGCAGGAGCUCCACGUCACAGACGCUCCGCAGGUCCCAUGAGAGGCUCCUGGUCUCCCCGGACCGCCUGGAGGACCGUCUGCUGGCGAUGGGGCUGCUGCUGGGCGGAGGCGAGCGGGGAGGAGGCAGCGGCAUGGUUCCCACCAUGGGCCGGCUCAGCCACCACCAGAAGGCCCAGUCGCAGCAGAACAUCUGUGUCACACCAUCCAUGGACCGCCACCACAUGAUCAAGAUGAACUCCCACCCGACGCCGGGACACGACCACGACCGCGGCUCGGCCAUGUCGGGGAUGGGCGUGCACGGCUGGGACUCCCACGGCGGCCACGGCGGAGGGGGCUCGUCCGGAGGUCACCCCAACGCCCGGCGGAUGGCCUUCGCCAGCAAGAGGCAGAACACCAUCGAACAGCUGCACUUCAUCCCCGGAGGAGGAGGAGGACAGGGACUGCGGACUGGGAGUAAGAACGAAGUGACAGUGUGAAGGGAAGACGGAGGAAGAAGACGUUAAGAAGCUGAAGACGGGAUGAAGCGAGGCAGAAGAGGAAGAGGUUUGAUCUGAGCCUCACAGGGUGGCACUCAUCCCCCCUCCACCAAACAUUAACCUCAUCUUGAGUUCAGCCGAUCGAUUCCCUCAUCGUCACUCUGGAUUGAAAAAAGAGAAAUUCCAGCCAUUCUUUGUAAAGGGAAGACACAUCGCCACAUGAAAAGCGCAAAAAAAGAAGCCGUUUACAGACUGCUGGGUAUUCGCUGUGACUUUUAUUGAAGGAUAUCCUCUUAGUCAGAUCUUUUGAAUCAUCCUUGAGUUUCAUUGCUAUGUCCUCCAAGUCCUCGAGUGCUCUGGGUUCAUCUGGAUGACGGAGAGCCGAGGCAGACGGUUUGCUUGUCUUUGUAUUUAUAAAAGUAUUUAAAACCAAACGAGUUGCUUUUGUAUGAAAUUAACCUAAUAAUAAUAAUAAUAAUGAUAUUAACAUUACUGAGCCCUGUAAGAGUUUUGUGUAUACUUAGCUGACAACAUAUUUAUCCUUUAGCUGGCCAGUUUGUAACCUAAAGGUUGGACAUCGUUUCUUUCUCUGGCUGUGAUUGGACUUCAAAGUAAAUCUGUUAGCCAUCAUCUGGUCACUUUAAGGCUUUAAUCACGGUAGAUAAACAGAAAAAAAGCCAUUUUUGAGAGAAAACAGUACUCACAGCAACUCAAACUGCUGCCAUAAAGGCCCAGUCACACCAGCAUUUCACAAUAAAAUCAAGUAAAUGCACAUUUUUUGUGUUGCCAAUGUGGAGGAAGCUAUCAUAGCUGAUCGACUGUGUCGCUCCUUUGGAUGACUUUUGUGAAGCUAUUGCCCCGUUAGCGACUUACCUGCUAACCUGACAGCUUCUCCACUCUCUUCGGUAACUUUAAAUUGGAUGACAUGAUGUAAAAUCCCAAGAAGAAGAUGUGAGCAAGCAGAGAAAGAGAAACUAGAAGCUUGCGGAGCUGUUCUGAUGGACGCAGUGAGCCUAACUAACCCUGCCUUCUUUCUAAAUCCAAAUGUUCCAUGAAAGGCGCUUUUUCAUUAGCACCUACUCGACUCGGUUUACGUGGUUCUCCAUUACCAUUGAGUACCACCUCAACAUGUUUGGCUUCGUCACAGCACGGCAGGCCGGAAGUCCCUUAACAUCAUUUGAGAAACAACAAUGGAGGACAUGGAGGUGAUGGUACACCUGCUGCUCAGUCUGUGGCUUUUUGUCAGAUACAACCAGUCCAAUUGUCCAAUCAGUGGCCUGCACUCUGUAGACGUCACAUUAUCAGCUCGACUCAGCUCGCUUGGAACCAAGUCCCAGUAGGUACUAAAAUAGUAGCUGGUACAGGUAUUACGUCCUGAUGGAAAACCUCAGAGAGUGGAGUCGAGGCGAGUAGGUGCUAGUGGAAAAGAGCCAUAAGACGUGUGGACGCUGUGUUUCUGGUGUGAUCGGGCCUUAGGAGUAAAAAUCCACGUAUCUUAGCUGAGCUGAAGCCUUUUGUACAGUGAACUUAGUGGGUGUUUAUCAUCUAUGGAACAUUGUGCUGUGACCCUUUUGCGUAAUAAUUAGUUGAAAGGUUUGGAAUUCGACCACCUCAUGAAGAAGAUGCAAAUACAAACCAGAUCCCUUGACUAGUUUGUAGAGAGUCGAGGGUCUCUUUCUGCCACCGAUGGACAUUAAAAGUUUCUCGUUGCUCAGUUCAGCUGCUCACCUCGUCUGAAGGGAAGGCGUGGACGACGGAUUCUUCACACCAAGGGCUAAACCCAUUAUCUUUGUGUAUCUGUGCUCUGUACAACGUCUGCUUCUCAUUUUCCUGUCAUGUCGGGAGGCAUGCUCGUGCACAUUUUCACACAUUUUUUUGUUUUUCUUCCUGUGUAGAGAGAAAAUAUAAACGUGAAGAAAAAUCUGGAACUUUUUUGUGUAAAAUCACAUUUGGUUGGAUAAGAGCUGACCGUAACGAUGUCAUUUUUUGUAAAAUUUUGUUUGGUUUUCUGGCUGUGAGAUGGACCUGCUGGCCGGUUGGUGGCUGGAUUUACCCUUUAUUGGGUUUAAGGCAGGGGUGUCCAACAUGCGGUCCGUGGGCCAAAAGCGGUCCUCCAGAGGGUUCAAUCCGGCCCUCAAAGUGUAUAACUUCCAGAGAAGACAUUAACUGCAGAUUGUAAAUUAGUAAAACUAUACAUUUAAAAUCAUUUCUAGACCAUGACAAGUUGUUUUGAACAGAAAGUAAAAUACUAGAUUGUUCAUUGUUCUUUUAUCAUUUUGUGUCUCAUUUUUGGAAUAUUUUGUCUUGUUUUUGUUUGUCUCAUUUUUUGUCAUUUUUUCUCACUUGUCAUUUUGUCUCAUUUUUGUCAUUUUAUGUUUUGCUUUAUUCGUUGAUUUGUAUAUCGUUUUUGACGUUUUGUGGGUUUUUUUUGUCUUGCUUAUGUUGUUUGCCCUUUUUUGUUGCUUUGUAACUUUUUUGUCCAAGUUUUUGUCUCUCUUGUUUUGUUUUGUGUCGUUUGUCUCAUAUUUUGCCAUUUUUUUUUCGUUUUUGUCGUUUUUUUUGUCUCGUUUUUGUAAUAUUUUGUUUUUGGUGGGUUUUUGCUGUCUGACUUUGUUGUUUUCAUCAUAAAGUAAAAUACUAUAUUCUUCAGUUCCAGAUACCUGUGAUUAAACUUUGGAGCUGUGGUUAUUUAUAGGUUAUUAUGCUGUGAUUUUACUGGUCACUGGAGAUCAAAUUGGGCUGAAUGUGGAACCUGGACUAAGAUGAGUUUGACACCCCUGGUUUAAGGGUUCCUGAGGCCUAGUUUAAGGUCUUCAGCUUCCCUCUGAGUUGUAUUUAAAGACAGACAUGAUUGAUGACUGAAGCUACCUGCCAGAUGUUUUUAGUGUUUUAAUCCAUGUGCUCACGUGUUAAUGGUUUAUGUAAAAAGAAAAAAACGAUUCCCCCUCAAUGAGACUAUAAACGCUGUUAUCAUGACCUUUUCUUUCCGUCUUUUACUUAAACACGUAUUUAUUUUUUUAAAUCUCUGUGAAUUUUAACGUAUAAUCCUGGAUUUUCAAUAUUAAAACUUUCUAGUGGAAUUUAAAAAAAUCAAAAAGACACAGAAAAACCUUUGUAUUCACGAACAGAACUUAAAAAAAAAAAGAAAAAAGAGCCGAUGCAAUCAAAGAGAAAAGACGAAGCGCAUGAUGAUGUCAGAAGCCGGUGUUGGUGAUGUCAUAGUGCUGACUCAUGAUGUCACGGCGUGCGUGUGUGUAAACGUACAUGUUUUAAUUUGUGUGUGUAACUCUGUCUUCUCGUUGGGAAUGCUGAACCUCGUUUUGUCUUCGGAGACGGUUUUCAGACUCGAGAUGCGACCGUCUCGUGUUCAUAUCAAGCUGUAAUGAAACUUUAAAGGCCUAUCGUCAUUACAUUUUCAAUUAUUUUUAUUGUCAAAAGGAAAAAAAAGGGACAUUGAUCAAUCUCAGCUUUUUCUCGUCGAGCUACGUUCACCAAAGCGAGGACUUUUCAAUCGUUUGUAAAUUACCGAAGGCUUUUAUUGUGAAACAGUGGAUAAUUUAUCACAGGGUUCAUGGGUUUGUGUCGCUGCCGUUUAAUAUGCAUCUGCUUUUCCUCAUUUGUGCUCAUUUUAACGGGAUUAUAAGGGCACAGAAUUUAAAAAAGCAGCUUUUUUAAAGUUGCAGUACAAAGGAAGGGAGCGUUUUUCUUGAUAAAGUGAAGGAGAAUGUAUGGAGAAUUUGGACUGGAAAGGCUUUUCGGUUUUUUGUAAUCUCACUAACUUUUGAAGAGGCAAAAAAAGAAGGGGAAGAGACAUAAACGACGUGUGAAAUUCAGUUGUACUUUUAAUGUCUCGCUCAUUUCUCCUCGUAACUUCAAAGGUCUGAUACAGAUGUUGCAAUCCGUGUUCGGUUAAUCGCUCCCCUGAUUAAACUGUGUGCCUGUGUGUGUGUGGAUGUGUGAGUGUGUGUUAACCACUGGGAGUGAAGCAUGGACAUAUUUGUAUUCUCAAAGCUACUCUGCAUACCUCAAAUUGUACGAUACAUUUAUUUAUAACAUCCCCUUAUAUGUCUAUUUCCAAGAAUAUCCAAACAAAGGUCUCACAGAUGUGCAACCCUUUUGUUAUUGGUGAUCAAUUCUUGCGUUUGUAGAAAUCAUACUGUUUAAUUGCUAAUAACAAUAAAAAAAAAAAUCCCACUAAA